AUGGUCGACUCGGUGUUGUAUGGCCUUAUGGCCAAGCGUACGGACAUGCUUGAUCCGAGCAAUGACCCCAACGUUGGCUCAUCUCGGGGCAAUGCAUCUACUAAUACCUCCGACGCCCUAGGUAACCUGGGAGUUAACAACUCAACCUCGCUGACUGCGUUUUUGAGCACACUUCUUCCCGCCCUGGUUGUUGCAGCGUUCUGGUUUGGGCUCUUCUUGAUCUGUCGACGAACCCAGAUUCGGUGGUAUGCUCCCAGAAGUCAUUUGCCGUCUUUACAUAAACAUGAACGGACUCCACAGCUACCUUCGGGCUUUGUCAACUGGUUCGGGGAGUUCUUCAAAAUUUCCGACUCCCAUGUACUUCACCAUUCCUCGAUGGAUGGAUAUCUCUUUCUUCGCUUUUUGAGAGUGCUCUGUGCUACAACUUUCAUUGGAUGUCUGAUCACAUGGCCCGUUUUGCUCCCUAUCCACAUUACCGGAGGCGAAGGAAAUACUCAGUUGGACGCUCUGAGUUUUAGUAACGUGAAAAAUCCGAUGCGAUAUUAUUCUCAUGCCAUCAUGGCGUGUGUCUACUUCACAUUCGUCUUCUAUGUCGUUGUACGGGAGAGCAUAUUCUAUGCCAAUUUACGACAGACUUACCUUAAUUCUCCCGCGUGUGUGGAACGGAUCUCUGCAAGAACCGUGCUGUUCAUGUCUGUACCGGAGGACUACAAGAAUGAAGAGAGACUGCAUCAGGUUUUUGGCAAUUCUAUCCGCCGAAUUUGGAUCACUUCCGAUUGCAAAAAGCUACAGAAGAAGGUCAAAGAGAGAGACACUCUGGCCUACCGAUUGGAGCGUGCCGAGACCAAACUGAUUCGCAAUGCAAAUUCUGCUAGACUAAAAGUACUUAACAAAGGGCGAAUUCCCUCGGAUCUCUCAAUGGAUACUGAGGCAGGUUCAGCGUGGUCUUACAGGGUUCGACGACCAACUCACCGCAUUGGAUUGUUUGGAAAGAAAGUCGACUCUAUCCGUUGGCUACGGGCUCGGCUGACAGAGGUAUCGGAGGAAGUCGACUCGGAGCAAAUAAAACAUCAGAACCGGGAUGUCAAACUUUUGUCUGCUGUGUUCAUUGAAUUUGAAUCGCAAUCUGACGCGCAGAUUGCUCUUCAAACCUUGUCCCACCACCAACCACUUCAUAUGACACCCCGUUUCAUUGGGAUUUCCCCAAAGGAGGUUGUCUGGGGUGCGUUGAAUCUCAGCUGGUGGCAGCGAAUUGUGCGCAAAUUUUUGGUUAAGGGCGGUAUUGCUGCAUUGGUUAUCUUUUGGUCGAUUCCGGCGGCCAUUGUCGGGACCAUUUCCAACAUUACCUACCUUACUAGCAUCCUCCCAUUCCUGAGUUUUAUCGACAAACUCCCCGAGGCAAUUAAAGGAACGAUAGCCGGAUUGCUGCCUUCAGCCGCUCUUGUGCUUCUGAUGUCUUUAGUCCCCAUCAUUUGUCGAGUUCUUGCCAGAAGUGCUGGCGUUCCCUCCUUGGCUCGCGUGGAGCUUUUCACCCAAAGCGCACAUUUCUGCUUUCAAGUUGUUCAGGUGUUUUUGGUGACCACACUGACUUCCGCAGCGUCUGCUGCCACUGCCCAAAUUGUUAAGGACCCUUUGUCGGCCAAGGACCUCCUGGCUCAAAACCUGCCGAAGGCGACCAAUUUCUACAUUUCCUAUUUUCUUCUGCAGGGGCUGGCAACAAGCUCCAUGGCGCUCGUGCAGGUGGGUGGUGCGCUGGUGUUCAAGUUCAUUGCUACCUUCUUCGAUCGCUCCCCUCGGCACAUAUACCAACGUUGGGCUAUACUUGGUGGAAUUAGUUGGGGAAACGUGUUUCCUCUGUUCACAAACAUGGGCGUGAUCGCACUGACAUAUUCUUGCAUCGCUCCUCUGAUUUUGGGGUUCGCCUCUUUUGGUUUCUUCCUGGUAUACCAAGCGUAUCGAUACAACUUCCUAUUCGUAUACGACAUUGAAGUGGAUACAAAAGGCCUCGUCUACCCUCGAGCCUUGCAACAUUUUUUGACGGGCAUCUAUCUAGCCAACAUAUGCAUGAUUGGUCUUUUCGCCAUCCGUGGAGCCGUCGGACCUCUUAUAAUCAUGAUAUUAUUCACUAUCCUCACUGUGCUGGCUCACAUGUCUCUCAACGAAGCUCUCGCUCCACUGAACUCCUUUCUUCCUCGGUCCCUCGACACUGAAGAAGAAUUCCUGCAGUCUAAACAAGAUCCUCAGGUCUCCUUCAACAGGAAGGGAUCCAAAAUAGAGAAGGUGUGGAAAUGGUUCCACCCUAAUCUCUACCGGGAUUAUGCCGCAUUACGCAGCAAAGUCCGUCGGGACCACGUGGAAAUCAAAUACUCGGAGGAGGAAAGAUUGAAUGCUUAUUUUGAACCCUGCAUUACAGCUAAGACCCCGACAUUGUGGAUUCCCCGCGACAAGUGGGGGAUGAGUCACCAUGAAGUGAUGGAGACACACCCAGAUAUCCCCAUCACUGAUGAAGGGGCGCAUCUUGACGAGAAGAAUAAGAUUGUUUGGGAUAAAUAUGAUCCCAAUCUUCCGUUGUGGGAGCCGAAGACUUUAUACUAA